CUUCCCCUCCCCGCCCAGGGCGCCAUCUUUCCGCGGCCGCGGGAGCGGAGUGGGCCUGGCCAUGCCGCACUUCCAGGCCUGGGAGGAGUUCACCCGCGCCGCCGAGAAGCUCUACCUCGCCGACCCCAUGAAGGUGCGGGUUGUUCUGAAAUACCGACAUUGUGAUGGGAACCUCUGCAUCAAAGUAACAGAUGACGUAGCUUGUUUGCUGUACAGAACAGACCAGGCACAAGACGUAAAGAAGAUCGAGAAAUUCCACAGUCAGCUCAUGCGGCUCAUGGUGGCCAAGGAAUCCCGCAGUGCUGCCAUGGAAACAGACUGAAUUGCUGAAAAUAAAAUGAGGGCUCCGGUCAUAUUUCACUGGAAGAAAAUAUCUCUUGGAUUUGAACGAAUACUGGGACAGGAGAUGCUUUUAUGUACUGAAGUGGACCGAUGACGUGUCUGAAGCGUUUUCGCCCCUCAGGCUCCGCUUUGGAAAACUCGGAAAAUAAAUGCUUUCAGUUGAAAGCUUAUAUUUAUUUUUGGGUAUCAAACAAGCAGCUAUUCUUACACAUUAGGUAUGCUAAGAAGACAAGUAAAUAUUUUAAAUCUGCAGUAUGUUAGUAUGAAUUUGAUGGGCCACAAGCGUAUCUCUGUAAAGAUACUAUAAAAUUUCAUAUAGAUUUCAUUGUGUUCAUACCUUAUGCUGGUAUAUUCUUACAGUGAGACGGUUUAUUAACCUAAUGCUGUAGCAUGAUGACUGGACUUAAUAAAUAUUUACAUAAAUUAUAUUAAUUGGUGGAGUUUAGAGGAACAGAUGUUUUCUGAACUGAAAUGAUGACAUUGCCAAUCUGUAUUACCGCAGUCACUAGCAACAUUUUAGCUUUUAGUAUUGCUCUUGAUCAUAAGUUGUGCAGCAUUAUCUGUGAUGCAGUUUACAGAACUGUUACAUUGGCUAAAUAAUUAAACUUCUGUAUUUUAAAAAUUAAAGUAGAACUUCACUUGAAUAUUGCUAGAGAUGGGUGAGAAACUGAAAGGGGUUUUUUUUCUGCUUAUGCAAACACUGUUACUAAAAAAAUAGUCAGUUGCUUUUUAACAUACUUGAACUAUUUUGUACUAGCAGGGAUACCUUUUCCCAUCCUUGCUUCAGGCAGGAUUGAAGUGUAUCAGCAAGAUAAAUUCCAGAAGUUCUUGCCCAUUAUGUUAAUAGAAAGAAAUCCAACCAAAUGCUAUCCAGAUUCCUUAGUUUAGCAGCUUGUUAAUUGCAUUUUCAAAUGUUCCAUGUGGCAGAUGGAUGUCAGCCAACUGAAUAAAUGGAUGAAAACCAGCUUAAUAAAUACUUAAAUACCACUGUCAAAAAUAGACCAAUGCUCCUGUGGCUUAGACUUGUUUCUCAUACUUACCUCUGGUAGGGUGAUGGAAGCCUUAAUUGUCUCUUGCAAAGGCUUUUUGCUUCACAACCCAGUAGCUAAAAUUGAUACUUGCUUUGACUACUUAAGACCUCAUGUAAUGAGGCCAUUGGUAUAACUAGAUGUUUUCAGAACUAAUGUUUUGGCUUAAACCAAGCCAUGAAAGUAAAGCAGAGCCAUACAUGUAGUGGCAUUUAUAUAUAACAAAACAAUCUACUUAAAUAGCUACCUGCUGGCACUUACAUAAAAAUAAUGGAGCUACUCAGAAGUAGUACUCCAUGUGGAGUUUCCACAUUUGCCAAAGGCUUGGAAAAAAACCCAGGCUGGAAUAUUGCAUUAGAGUACCCUUUUAGCUGAACGUAAAAUGUUGCACGUUGUUGGAAAACACUGCAGUGCUAAAUUCACAGUGACUACUCAAGUUCUAGUCUACAGGGGUGACUGGUAUGUAUGUAACAUUUUUGUAUUGGCUUUUGAAAUGCAAAUAAAUCCAGAGAGAAGGCUGGA